GCCAAGAGUGCAGUCACUAGUGUAACUGGAGUAAAGGGGUGAGGAAGAGCGAUCAAACUCUGACACGCACAGCGCAGUCUACUUUUUGUACUGCUAUAUUUCAGCACAAAGCAGGCCCUGGCUAUGGCAACGUCUAUACUUGGGUUUGAAACUUUUCUGUUACCAGGAAGAACCACGAUUUGGAACUACUCCUUUAGCCAUGCUGGCGGCAACUUGCAACAAAAUUGGUAGCACGAGCCCACUGACUACUUUGCCUGACUCCAGCGCGUUUGUAAAGGGCGGCUUUCAUCCCUGGAAGAGAUCUUCCAGUUGUAACCUUGGGUCUGGACUCUCCGGGUUCGCUGUGACCACAAGCCGAGGAUCCACCGGACUUACCUCUAACGCUGGCUCAGCCAACAGUGCUUUCUGCAUAACGUCCACCUCCCCGACCACAUCGGCAUUUGGUGCCGACUACAGUAGCCUGUUUUCAAACUCAGCUAGUGUCACCUCGCAGGACUCGGGGCAGUCGGCUUUUAUCUCCAAAGUCCAUUCUACAGCUGAAACCUUGUACCCCAGGGUGGGAAUGGCGCAUCCAUACGAAUCAUGGUACAAAUCUGGCUUUCACUCCAGCAUCUCAAGCGAAGUUGCCAAUGGAGCGUCACCUUGGUGGGAUGUUCACACCAACCCAAGCUCGUGGCUGGAGGUUCAGAACCCAGCCAGCACUCUUCAUUCUGGGGCACCCCAAGCUUCCCUCCACUCCCAGUUAAGCAGCUACAACCCAGAUUUUUCUACUUUGACUCAUUCUGCGUUUAGCUCCACCGGGAUAAGCCCUACAGCUUCUCACCUUCUGUCCACAGGGCAACACCUGCUGACGCAAGAAGGUUUCAAACCCGUUAUCCCGGCAUACGCAGACUCCUCCACAGCCAAUGUCAUGAUUUCAGGAGCCGCCACGGGGAUUGGAGGCUCAGCCAGAUCUGCAAGGAGGUAUUCGGGCAGGGCAACUUGUGACUGCCCGAACUGUCAAGAAGCAGAGCGUCUCGGGCCAGCCGGGGCCAGCCUGAGAAGGAAGGGGCUCCACAGCUGCCACAUACCAGGUUGUGGUAAGGUCUACGGCAAGACGUCUCACCUCAAGGCCCACCUGAGAUGGCAUACUGGGGAGCGACCGUUUGUCUGCAACUGGCUCUUCUGUGGAAAAAGGUUCACAAGGUCUGAUGAACUUCAGCGGCACCUCCGGACUCACACUGGCGAGAAAAGGUUUGCUUGUCCGGUGUGCAACAAACGUUUUAUGAGAAGCGACCACCUGAGCAAACACAUUAAAACCCACAGCGCCGGCGGAGGAGGCAAAAAGGGCAGCGACAGCGACACUGACACCAGCAACUUGGAAACCCCCAGAUCCGAGUCGCCGGACCUCAUUCUAGAAGGGGUGAACAGAGUGCAGGGAAAGAACACCCCUAUACAAACCGAAUCAUAAUCAACCUAUUUUAAGAAUUAUAAACUAUUUGGGAUAUAUCUUGGCUUUAACAAAAAGCUAAAAUAAUUGACGUUAAACUAAAAUUGUAAAGUUUAUUGAAUAUGAAAACGGGUUUUUGGAGUUGGGAAGCAAAAAUGAAAAUAUGAAAAGCAACGUGGUCAACGUGAAGAUUUCAUAUUUUAAAUCAGAAAAUCUGUAAUUGUACGACUAAGUUAACAACAGAAACGUGCCAUGGAAGAGAAACUAUUUUUUGAAAAAAUUAAGAAGACCGGUAUCCUAUAGUAAUUAUAUAAAUAUGAUAAUAGACUGUUCGUCUAAACCGGCAAGCCCAGAGUUGUUGUAAAAAGCCGAAACAAAAGACUUGUUUGUAAGGAACUGUGAAAGGUGAGGAAAUCUGAUGAACGCAUGUGGACUAUUGUCACACACAUUCUUUGUACAGAUAAUAAUAUUAAUGAGCACAUGUUAUUAUUUUAUUUCUUGUAAAUGUUAAUCUAGUUUUGUGGCUCGGUUCCUGAAAUUCAGGGGGUUUCCUUUUACUUUUGAUGCACUUUGUGGAUAUCAGUAUGUAUGUAAAAGAGUAUUUAAAACGAGUUAACCAUGCCUUUACUUCAAGUAAUUUUGACCCUAACAUUUUAAAGAGAUUUGAACAAUUUACUUGUACAAAAUUGCGCAAGUAUAAACUUUCUUAUCAUUAAAGAAAUCUAAUCAUCAAAUCGAUAUUGAUAUUUGUUAUU